GCUCGUGGCGAGCCCGCCCUCCCAUACCCGGGCGUGCGCGGUGGGAGGUGCCCGCGGGGGUCACGUGGCGGGGCAGCAUGGCGCCGCGCGGAGCGUGACCGGCGGGAGCCCCGCCAGCGGCCCGUGUGCGGCCGCGGCCUGCCCUCCCCGCCUCUGCCGCGGCCAUGGUGACCGAGGAGGAGGUGGAGGCCAUCGGCCGGACGCUGGUGGAUCCAGCCCGGCCCCUGCCCGCCCGAUUCCGGGCCCUCUUCACCCUGCGCAACCUGGGGGGCCGUGCGGCCGUGGACUGGAUCAGCCGCGCCUUUGGGGACGGCUCCGCGCUGCUGAAGCAUGAGCUGGCCUACUGCCUGGGCCAGAUGCAGGACGAAGCGGCCAUCCCUGUGCUCGUCCGGGUGCUGGAGGACACCGGCCAGGAGCCCAUGGUCAGGCACGAGGCGGGUGAAGCCCUGGGUGCUAUCGGGAAUCCCAGUGUGCUGGAUAUCCUGAAACGCUACUCGGAGGAUCCCGUGGUUGAGGUGGCAGAGACGUGUCAGCUGGCCGUGAGGAGGCUGGAGUGGCUGCAGGAGAAUAAACAGGAGCUGGGUGACAGCCCCUACCUCUCCGUGGAUCCUGCUCCCCCCGCCGAGGAGACGGACGUUGCCAAACUCCGCGAAACCCUCCUGGAUGAGUCCCGCACGCUGUUCGACCGCUACAGGGCCAUGUUUGCCCUCCGAAACUUGGGGGGCCAGGCUGCCGUGCUGGCGCUGGCGGAUGGACUGCGCUCCGGCGGCGCGCUCUUCCGCCACGAGAUCGGGUACGUGCUGGGCCAGAUGCAGGAUGAGGCCUGCGUCCCGCAGCUGACGGCUGCGCUGCACAGCCGCGCCGAGAGCCCCAUGGUGCGCCACGAGUGCGCCGAGGCCCUGGGCUCCAUCGCCCGACCCUCCUGCCUGGAGACCCUGCGCGCUUUCGCCCACGACGAGGAGCGGGUGGUGCGGGAGAGCUGCGAGGUGGCGCUGGACAUGUACGAGUACGAGAACAGCACCCAGUUCCAGUACGCUGAUGGGCUCUGCAAGCUGCAGGCCUCCGCCUGAGCCCCCCGGCUGGGGGCACACGGGGGGGGGGGGGUGCGCCGCCUCCCCCCCGUCCCCGCUGCGCUUCCGUGGCUGCCUCUGUCGACAUGGAUCUGUGCCUUGCCGCAGCGGAGGUGGAGGCGGAACUGGGUUUGCUCUGGCACAAUUACAGCCACCUUCUCCCUCCAAAUCCAGGCUGAGCUGCUACUUGCCCCCCUGCCCCACCGCCCCCCCAUUUCCUGGAUCAGCCCCUUUUUCCCUGCCAGGAUCAGCACUGUCUGCCCGCAGCCUGGCUCGGGGGCUUGCAUCGGGUGGGCUCAGCUCUGCGUGUCGGAGCCUGUUGGCAGCUGUGCGGGGCCUGGGGCUGCUCUGGGCUUGUGCUGCAGUGGCGGCUCGGUGUGAAACAGCUCCCCUCUCCCUGCCUGAGCUUUGCUAGGGGGCCAGGGCUGGCUUUGGGCGCUCACCCUCGUAGGUUGUAGCGGCGCAAUGCCUUGAAAUCACCCUCGGUACCGGUGCCAAGUCGGGUCCCUCCUUGCCUCUGCGGUGGAGGAGCUGCUGUGGGUUUGGCCUCUCCUGUCGGGGCAGGCCAGGGCUUUGCUUGCGGCAGCCUUUGCCCUGGGAUGGGGGUUGUUUCAUGGCAAAGUUUGGAAGCUUUGGCUGCGCUUUUUCUUUCUGCAGGGAACGGCGCUGCCAUUAGGGCUUACAGGGUGAGGCAGGGCCUGCCCAGACUUUCCCCCGCGUUUAACCAGACUUGGGAGGGCUGAGGCUGGUGUCUGCUGCCGUCGCCCAGCACCCGAACCCCCCUGGGCAUCCCAGUGCGGGCACAGGGGCUGGCAGGGAAUAAAGCUGAUAAGGAGA